AAAGCAACCACUUUUCUUGGUGAUCAACUCGACAUAUUCCUUCUUCUUUAACUUUAUACCUUCCAUCGGCCGUAACCCUUUAUCUUCUUCUGCCUUUUCUGCUCAGCCCGACUUUUCCAUCAAAUCUUAUAAGUUAGUUUAGAAACACUGCGACGCCAUUAUUAACUUAUAUUCAUCUCGAUCCAUCUUCUGCGCCAUUAAAAUGGAUACAGCAGCUUCCAAUAAGUUCCUUUUCAUAUUUCUCCUUUCUUACAUUUUCAUGGUCUGCUCAUCAGGCUCAUUCCUUUCGGUAUAUAAGGGGCGCAGAGAGUUGAUCCAAACAACUCAACACGAUACCAUCAAUCCUCCUUUCACAACCUCUCCGGUAACCAAUCCGGUCACCACCCCAGCCACCUACCCACCGGACGCUUCCGCGCCGCCACUAGUCACCGUUCCUUCGGCCAACCCGGUCCUUCCGCCGGCCAUAUUUCCGGUCUCCCCCGCCUUCCCGAAUCCACCCAUCCAAGCGGGAGGCGGUGCGGCGGCGGGGCAGAGCUGGUGCGUGGCGCGCAGCGGGGUGCCGGAGACUGUCCUCCAGGUAGCACUGGAUUAUGCAUGUGGGAUGGGAGGCGCAGAUUGCUCCGGCAUCCAGCAGGGCGCCGCCUGCUAUAAUCCAACCACUCUGCAGAAUCACGCGUCCUAUGCCUUCAACGCCUAUUAUCAGAAGAACCCGCUUCCCACUAGCUGUGAUUUCGGUGGAGCUGCUGUGCUCACCAAUGCCAAUCCAAGCUCAGGUUCUUGCGUUUUCCCGACAUCAUCGUCGGCAUCACCGGCAACGGUGUCUCCGACGACAACAACGACUACUCCGGCUAUGCCAGCUCCAGCGACAGACUUUUCAUCCGGAGCAGGUACAGGCACCCCUCCAACCGUGUUGAACGCGAGCAACCCUGCAUUGGGAGGCGACAUCGGUGGCUUUGCAGAGACCCCUCCUACUGCCGGUAUUUCUUCGGCUUCGGCGACAACGGCCGCCUUCAUCAGCUGCAUCAUUCUGCCACUAUCCACUAUUCUUCAUGCCCGUUUAUGAGUUGGAAGCUACUACUAGUCUAGUAUACGCGCGUAUAGUUUUGGGGUGUACAGUUCUUUGCGGGAUAUAUUACUCAAGAAUCUCUAGUGCCCUUUAAUUUUAAUUAUUCUAUACAUGUUAGGAGAUGAUAUCAUAUACAUUCAAUGUUCUAGAUAGAUUGUCAAUUGAUUUGUGUAUAUUGUGUAACAAGAGAGGGGCAUGGAAUAUAUAAGAUUAACAAUUAUAUUAUA